AUGAACAAAUCGUGGAAAAAUAGUAGAAGAGACAGUAGCCGACUAAUAAGCGCAGCGUGCACAACUACUGCACCAACACAGAAGCCACAGCGGCAGCGGGUGCAUAUCUCCGACGAAUACGAGAAGAAGAUUGACCGGAUCGAGGACCGCCUUGCGAGCAUUGAACACGUGCUCGAGGCACUCUCGAAUAAACUGGGUAACUUGGAUAUCAAAUCCGAAGUUGAACAUAGUAGUCAGCCAAGAUCUGGCAUUGCUGCUGCCCGCAGCCCUCUUUCUAAUUCGGAGGCUAAUGUGGCUACUCCUGCCUUUGAAGGUGAAACCACCAUCAAUCGCCAAUCGGAGUUCGCUCGUGAACUGUUGGAGCAAGCAGUGGGCAGCACUCCGUCGAUUGGACAAAAUGCAGAGAUCAAAGCCGCCUUGUCAUCUCUCCAGAACAUGGUAACGCGACAGAGUGCCAAUCCAAACACCAUCACUGCCUCUUUGACCUACCCAUUCUCAAACAAGGCGCUUGCUGAAGUCGACCACACUAAGCUAGAGCGGCCCCCGUGGGACUUGGUAAACGAGGUGAUCGACAAAGCUUCAGUCUACCCGACCAUGUCGUUUGCGGUGGUUUUUCCCUUUCUGAAAAUGCCAAAUAUGAAGGACAUCUUCCGCGAAGCCUUCGAGAAUACAUCAGAGUGCAGUGUUGGUCGCAGAAUGCUCGUGUAUGGGGUACUCACCAGCCUCUUUUAUGAGUUCUCCUGCUACCCUGUCGUGGACAAAAGAGUAGACAGUUAUCGGGGCCUUGCUCGCAUCUGUGAAAGACAGAUGGAAGUUGCCAUGAGCCAGCUGGACCUAUACCUUCCAGCCACGUACGAGAACAUCUUGGCAUUGCUUCUAGGUUCGGCGCAGGCCAUCGAGAUGUGCAAACCGUCACUUUGUUGGACCAUGAUAUCCACGGCAGCACACCUUUCCCAGAACCUCGGCUACCACAGAUAUCAGACGAUGAAGGACGAUUCUGAAGAGGAGCGCAAUGCUAAGAUACACGUUUUCUGGUUCAUCUACGUUAUGGACAAGACGCUAUCGCUCCGCCUGGGACGAGCGUCUAUCAUCCAGGACUGGGAUAUGUCAUUACCAUAUCCUAAUAUCGACUCGGACCAUGCACGCUUUGGAUCUCUAGUUCAACAAGGGCAGAAGGGAACCGAACUGCUGCUCUACUGGAUCAAGAUCGCCCAGAUCCAAGGCAGAGUGUAUGAGAAGCUAUUCAGCCCAGCGGGUUUCUUACGCCCUAUGAGCGAACGCGCGCGUACUGCAACCGAACUUGUGGACGCGCUGAACAAGGCUUGGACCGAACGUGGAGAGGCAAGUGCUUUCGACUUUGCCUAUCUAGAAAUAGAGCACGGGUUGGCGAGGCAGCGCAUGGAAGCUUCCACGGGGCCGAAACGAGCUUCGGAGUGCAAGCGAUUCCGAUAUGUCCUGCCAACUACGACCCACUUGAACAUCAAUGGCCCAGAUAUGUCUUAUUGUGAAGUCGAAGAGAUCGGAGACAUCUUCUACCAUGCAGACGUGGUCAUGCACUAUUCGACAUGUGCCUUAAUCCAGCGCGCUGUCAGCCCAGAUAAUGUAUCCUUCAAUAACGACUGCCUGGAGUCGGCUCGUGCAGCCCUUGUAGCUCAUCAGAGAUGCGCAGCACAGUUCAACAUCAAGGGCAAUGAAGAUCUGUGGUCAGGUUAUAUUCACUGGGCUAUUCUUCAGGCACCCUUCACACCCUUCAUCGUCAUCUUCUGUCACAGUGUCCUCCAUUGUGAUCCAUCCGAUCUCAAUUCACUAUCCGACUUCGUCGUCAGUCUCGAGUCCUGCCGCACCAUCUCUGAAGGCGCCGACAAGCUCUACAAGAUGUGUCAUCUGUUCCUCCAGGUUGCCAAGCUCUACGUCGAGGCGAAGAGGAACGAAGCUGUCCCUGUGGCAGCUUCGAGAACGCAGCCGGGCCAAAAUGGCUUCUUCCCUCAAGAAACAGGCAUCAACCUGGAUACCAUGACACAAUUCGAUCCGUACCUUAGCGCGCUGGGAUUGAUGCCGAAUGCAGGGUUUCCCAUGACAGGAUUCCCAGCCAUGAAUCCGAGUACUAAUGUCGAUACGUUUCCACCUGGAAGUUUCGAUGCAAGCAUGGCACCGAGUGGAUCCGGGAUGGGACCAGGGAACCCAACGAAUGUUCAAGAUUGGUUUUCGGGCUCACGUUAUUUGCUAAACUUGAUGGAAGACGACAUUCAGAUGCCCGAUUUCAACUUAUAG